AUGGCUUCGGAUUUCACGGCCGAGCAGUUGCUUGCUUUGGACGACCAAAGUCUUGCCCGAUACCUGGUGAACAACUGGGGUCCUCGACAAGAGCUUGAUGUUGAAGCCAUUGUUGACUGGAACACGACGGCUGAACCCCAGCGGGACGAACUAAUCCAGAGAUUCAAAGCCGUCCGUCCCCUGGCCAAAGCGGCACAGCCCAUUGACUACAACGAACUCGUGGCGAAGCUGGAGAGUAUAUCCUGCGCCGAGACGGAAACGCCCCUGUGGGACGACGAGGAUCUCUUGUUCCUGCAGCCCACGACGUGCGGCGGCGGCAAGAGAUACCAAACCUGCUGCUACCACGCCCUCGUGGCCGACGGCGGCCGGCCGCCCUGCCCGCUGGACCUCCUCGGGGACGUCUACCGGCAGCCGGCCAAGCACGUCGAGCUGAUGAAGCCCUGGCUGGGCGAUCCGGUCUUCUUCACAGGCAGCGCAGACCAGCUGGGCGUUUUCUCGCGCCCGCUGCAGCGCUGGCGGCAGUUUCGGCGCUGGCAGGCCGACAACCGCGGCGUCGUCCUGCCAGACGACGACCAGGACCUGGCCACCUUUCGCAAGGCCUGGAAAGCCCUUUUGGAUCGCGGCACGCAGGCACCGGCCGCUGCGGCUGACCAAAACGACGACGACGACGACGAUGAUGACGACGACGGACAGAUCGAGGUCCGCUGGCGCACGCGCCGCGACCGCCGCCGCUGGGAGCGCGAUAUCUGCAGGGAGGUCGGUUCAUUUGCCGACGGCGGCUUCGACGAAUACGUCGAGGCGGCGCGCCGCCGCCUGCGCACGCACGGCUUCACGGACCACUUCCAGCUGCUGCGCGAUGCCGCCCGUCAGGACGCCCCGGACACGUGGGUCGAGUACCUCGGGUUCGAAUGCUGGUGGCUCGACUGGCGCGAGGCCGAGCUUCGGCGCCACACGCUCCAGCGCGACGCGACCUGGGCGGAGCUCCGGCGAGAUGGUGAGACGGAUGUCGACGUCCUCGUCUACGUGGAGGCGGCCCGGAGGAAGGGGAGGCGGUGGGGCCCGGUCGAAUUGCCGUCCAUGGCUGGGAUUGGGGCAGGUGUGCGCGGGGGCCGCCAGCGGCAGCAGGACGAGACAGCAAGGGGCGCGGGUGGCAGCAGUCGGCAGAGCGCGACGCGGCUGCGGGAGGAGCUCGCGGACCGGUUCUGUCGGGACAGGGAGGCGAGCCGCAGCGCCGAGGCGUUCAGGUCCAGCCAGGUCCUGCUGCUCGCCUGGGCCCGGAGCCAGGUGAUGGAGGUGACUAAGGAGGCAAAAAGGAAGGAGAGUGGUGCCGGGCCGUGUGGUGACGAGACCAAGGAAGAUGAAGACAAAGAACGGGAGCGGUGGCAGCGGGAGAUUGAGGAGAAUAUCAUGGUGGCGCGGCACAGGGCGCUGCUGCAGAUACAUAUCAUCACGGCAGAACUUGCACGCCAGGCAGAGCAAGAGGAUCUACAACGGGAGAAGGCAGCGGCGGAGGAAAGAGGAUAG